AUGCCCAGAAGAAACCACCACCCAGAUGGCAACUUUUUCAGAGGAAAAGGACACAGCUAUCUUGCAGUAGAAGAAGCCCUGGGUAUUGGAAUCUUCAUUUUGGUGCUGGCCAUGCUAUUUAUCUUUGGCUGCUGGUAUUACAAGAGACGUAGUGGCUAUAAAAGUCUACGGAGCAAAAGCACUAAUAUGGGCACAAUACAAACCAUGGUAGGUGAGGGAAGAAUAGCGGACUGCAAAAUGGCUCUGCAGGAGUACAGAAACUUUGAUUCUGUGGUACCCGGUGCUCCACCAGCUUAUGAAAAAAUUGAUGCAGAUCAGUUACCACCACCUUAUUCACCAUGA